GCAUCCAUAUAUCCGUGUAUAUAUUUACACAGGUGAUCGGACGGACGGUGGUGAGUCGAUCUUGGACCGAUGGCAGAGGACAAGUACAACCUGAAGAAUCCGGCGGUGAAGAGGAUCUUGCAGGAGGUUAAGGAGAUGCAGUCCAAUCCCUCCGACGAUUUCAUGAGCCUCCCUCUCGAGGAGAAUAUAUUUGAAUGGCAGUUUGCCAUCAGGGGUCCAGGAGAUUCGGAAUUUGAGGGCGGGAUUUAUCAUGGAAGGAUCCAGCUCCCUGCUGAGUACCCAUUCCAGCCACCUUCAUUCAUGAUGUUGACACCUAAUGGCCGUUUUGAAACCCAGACCAAGGUAUGCUUGAGCAUCUCAAACCACCAUCCCGAGCACUGGCAGCCAUCUUGGAGUGUGCGGACUGCUCUUGUGGCACUAAUUGCUUUUAUGCCCACCAAUCCUAAUGGUGCUUUGGGAUCCCUGGAUUACAAGAAGGAAGAGAGGCGCGUCCUUGCCAUCAAGUCUCGUGAAGCACCCCCUAAGUUUGGGACUCCUGAACGUCAGAAGCUUAUUGAUGAGAUUCAUGAAUAUAUGUUAAGCAAGGCACCUCCAGUUCCUCAACUCCGUCCCUCACUGGGUUCUGAAGAAAAUCAUACCAACAAGGGCAAGGAGGAUGAAGUCCAGGCUGAGCAGCAUUAUUCUGGGGCCGUUGUUGGAGGGGAAGAGCUCCCAAAUCCUGAAGUUGACAGGAUUGUUGAAGAAGUGGAAGAGGGCCCUGUGAUUGCCACUCCUGGUCCUUCUGUUGCAAGGGAGACCCCUGCCAGGCAACCUAGCGAUCCACUGCUGCAAAAGCGUGAGAUGAGGGUUCAAAAACCAGCGGAUGAUCGUUUGUUUACAUGGGCUGCUAUUGGACUUACCAUCGCAAUUGUGGUUCUUUUGCUCAAGAAGUUCAUGAAAUCCAGUGGAUUUGGUGCUGUUUUCAUGGAUGGAUCUUAGAUCUAUUGACGGCCUUAGCUUACUUUACAGUUCUAUUCAAGAGAGGAAAGUUUAAAGUUUGUGUAGGUUGACCCUCUUGAUCAUAUCCAAAUAUUGUAAUUAAUGGUUUAUAAGUUAGGAUACCAGCCUCAUUUGUAAGAGUUAUUUUACGUUUGUAAGUGUGAUUAUUCAUAUAAGUUCUACUGAAAUAUUAUCAUCCCAAUGUUAUU